CGAAGUUUGAGGUUAUGUCGCACGUGUCAAGUGACCAGAUUUAGGUUAGGAGGGAGGUAAAAAUUAAAAAUUGCCAUAUAAAUAAUGCGUCCGUCUCCACACCUCUGCAAGCAACACUUGGGUUGGCAUUUUAAAAAAUUAUGGGCCACUCAAAGCGCUCGAAAGAUCCGGGACGCAGGAAUCGAACAAAAAUUAUUAGAAAAAGGCGUCCCAGUGGUGAGAGCGGCAGACAUCCUGUGGGAAAAACGACCCCUUGAAAAAAUCGAAGUUGUUGGUUUAAAACCAAAGCCUGUGGUUUUCGAUCACACGCACCCAAAUUGGCACGACAAGACGAUUUUAACGUAUAGAGAUAACAACGUGCUUCUGAAGGGGCUCCAGCAAGCCAAGAUUCUAACAAACACGGUAGAACUCAAGCAAGGUUUGCCCGACUUUACUUUAAAGAGCACAAAGCAAAUUGACAGAAGAGUGAAAGAAAUAAUUUUAACGUCGCACGUGUUUGACGCUGAACAGAAGAUAUUGCCGAAAGUGAAGGAUCCGGAACGGCCUGCGUGGAACUUCCCGAGGGUUUAUGGCAUAACGCAACCGAGAGUCAUUAAAUUACUUUUAAACAACCUACUCCAAUUAAUCGAAAACUCAAGUGACUUGGAAGUAGUGAAGCAACGCUAUGUGUUUGAUGACACCCAUUUCUCGUACAAUUUCGAAAAAUCGAGCGAUUUGAUCCAGUUUGAGUUGACUGGAGACACGCUUUUAACAUCCACUAAACCUCUGCCUCCUGUGACAGAGGAACCAACUGAGUCUUUUCAAUUACCGGACAUUCACCCAAUCAAGCCCACUAUAACCCUAAACAAAGAAAAUAUCUAUGAAGUUCGCGGAAUUUACCCAAUCAGUUUAAAAUUCGCUAAGUCGCACCCGCACACAAUUUUCGUCCCUCAUGUAGAAACUGAAGUGAAAAAUCUGUAUGAGGAGCCGGUGACAGAGGCGCAGAUAUUUGGUCGCUCGCUUUUGAAAACAUUCACGGUUGCUGCAUCCUACGCCAAAGAAAAAUAUGGGAAUGACGUGACAGUUUUGCCGAAACCGGUUGUCGUACAGUGUGUCCACACCAAUGGAAGGUUUUUCCAUUUUGGAAUUUUCCAGUUGAACACGCUUGAUCUUGAAGGUGGUGUGAAAAACGUGUGGUUCCAGACUGGCAGACUCCCGCUCUUUGAAACUUGUUGCUACAAGGUUGGCAGGCCUGUCUUGGAAGGUUACAACAACGAAGUCAUUCAGUAUCUAGACGCGUUUUAUAAUAACGUUUAAUUAUUAUAAACUUUUGUAUAAAAGUUGGCACAUUUGUAAAAAACAUUGAUAGGAUUACGUAA